GGACAAAGAGCUGCAAUGGACGGUGAUGUUGCGGUUGGUGUGAAGAGAGGCUCAGAUGAGCUCAACAUGUACGGCAGCAGCCCCAACUCUAUGACCGCAAACGGCAGCGACAGUAAAAAGCAGCGUCUGGAUGAAUCCCCUCCCUCCAGAGUUCUCCACAUCAGGAAACUUCCCAAUGAAGUAUCAGAGACAGAAGUCAUUGCUCUGGGGCUGCCCUUUGGAAAGGUCACCAAUAUACUGAUGCUGAAGGGCAAGAACCAGGCGUUUUUGGAGUUGGGUACAGAGGAAGCAGCCAUCACUAUGGUGAACUACUACACAGCUGUCACACCACAGGUCAGAAACACUCCUGUCUUCAUCCAAUACUCCAACCAUAAAGAACUGAAAACAGACUCGGCUCUGAACCAGAGGGCUCAGGCAGUGUUGCAGGCAGUGUCAGCAGUUCAGGAUGGAAGCUCUCCAUCCUCUGACCCUGGAGUUUUGGACCUAGCUCCACCCCCUAGCCCUGUCCUGCGAAUCAUCAUCGACAACAUGUUUUAUCCUGUGACGCUGGAUGUUCUACAACAGAUUUUCAGUAAGUUUGGGACAGUGAUGAAGAUUAUAACCUUCACCAAGAACAACCAGUUUCAGGCCCUUCUGCAGUUCAGCGACCCCGUCAAUGCACAGCAAGCCAAACUGUCUUUGGAUGGACAGAACAUCUAUAAUUCAUGCUGUACUCUGCGGAUAGACUUCAGUAAACUGGUCAACCUCAACGUCAAAUACAACAAUGAUAAGAGUCGAGAUUACACCAGACCAGACCUUCCUACUGGAGAUGGGGAGUCCGCCAACAAGGAUCAUUCUUUAUUGGGUACCCCAUCUGGAGCGCUAGCUUCCUACUCUAGUGGAGGAGGUUACUCAUCUUCUCUCUCCCUCUCGCAGGGUGGAGGAGCCAUCAGUCCACUGAGUGCUGCAGCAGCAGCGGCAGCAGCUGCUGGUCGUGUUGCUCUGUCUGGGUCCGGAGUGUCAGGAGUCCUGUUGGCAUCCAACCUAAAUGAAGAGAUGGUCACGCCUCAAAGUCUCUUUACCCUCUUCGGAGUCUAUGGUGAUGUCCAGAGGGUAAAGAUCCUCUACAAUAAGAAGGACAGCGCUCUGAUACAGCUGUCUGAUGGCAACCAGGCUCAGCUGGCCAUGAGCCACUUGAAUGGUCAGAAGGUGUUCGGUAAAGUGAUGAGAGUGACACUGUCUAAGCACCAAACUGUGGCUUUGCCCAGAGAAGGAUUGGAUGACCAACUACUAACUAAAGAUUUUUCUGGCUCACCCCUCCAUCGCUUUAAGAAGCCAGGAUCCAAAAACUUCCAGAACAUCUUUCCUCCGUCUGCAACUCUUCACCUCUCCAACAUCCGGGAUGGAGUUGGAGAGGACGAUCUACGUCUUCUGUUCUCUAACAGUGGAGGAACCGUCAAGGCCUUCAAGUUCUUCCAGGACCGUAAGAUGUCUUUGAUCCAGAUGUCGUCAGUAGAGGAAGCCAUCCAGGCUCUGAUGGAGCUCCACAACUAUGACAUGGGAGGGAAUCACCACCUGAAAGUUUCCUUUUCAAAGUCUACCAUCUAACCCUCACCCCUUAACCUUACUGUCUGCGACGAGCGAGGAAGACACUACAGUUUGUCUUCUGUUCAACUUUUCUGUUAUGAGCUCUCCCCAAACCUUAAAUCAAGUACUACAGUAUUUUGUCACUGAAAUUUGCGUCAAUGUCCUUAAGAUUCAAAGAAAAACAUUUGAAGUAGUCUUCUGUUAAAAUGCUGAGAAAAUUAGACUCAGACAGUACAUUUUGUUGGAGUACACACACACCAGUCCUCAAGGUGGUUCACCGUUUGCAAAUUCCUGCUUUAGACCACGUGACAUCUUAAACACCAGCUGAAAUUUGGGUUUUUGUCAUGUAGAAGUGUACUCGAGGGUGAAUCAGUCCACUGUGACAUCACUGUUGGCUGUGGUUAGAGGUGCAGCAGAGCACACCUCCGACCACAGCCAACCACAGCCGUGGGUGGUGCUGGUGAAACACACUUCACCCAGAGGACAGUAGACCAGCACGUUUCAGCCUGUUGUUACUCUUUAAAGCAGUAGAGAGGUUUGGUUCUGUACUGACGGCCCAGUGAUCACCUGUCAGAGUGACAGUAGUCUCUUUUUCUUGGAUUUUCUCUUGAGGUUUGACUUCCUCUAAUUAAUCUCUUAUUUUUCUAUACAUUGCAUCACUACUACAGUCAUGUGACUCCAGUAGGCGGCCAUCAGCUGCUGUCAUUUGAAGAUGUGUUUUGAACCGUGCAGUUUUCUGACACACACCUUCUCUUUGUGCUGGUUCACUCCUCCAGAUCCUCCAGUCAUCCUGAUAAUGUGCACUUUGAUGCUCUCAGAAUCAAACAGAACAUCUUGGACAUUUCAAGGAGUAGAUGUGGUUGUCACUAAAGGUUUAACGUGAGAUUCAGGCUGUUCCCGCAUCUGCGAUGUAAAUAUGACCAGUUUGACAUUACCAGCAUCCAGAGUUACUUUGUAGGCAUUUAGCAACCUACACUAAAACAGCUUGUAGCUUUAACAAACCUGCUGCGCUGCAGAGAGUCACUUUUAAAUGUAGUUCAUGUACCAGACGUGACUAAAUUUUGAGGACUUGAGGAGCCAGAAAUCCUCAAAGGAAAUAGAAUAAAGUACUUGUUGUGCAGUGUGCUGCAGUUUCUGAAUUUCAAGAGGCAGCUCUUCUUAACUGGCGUACUUUCUUGUUGUUCUUCCCAUAGCUGAACAAUCACUUUGAAGCUUUUAUACAUGAUUUGAUUUAAAGCACCAAGUCCAUCGUGGGCAUGUUUGAAGGCAUUCUGGGAAAUGGGAAUAGUAAUUUGAGGCUAAUGGUGUUGAGGACUGUUGAAUACUCCUGAUGUUUCCGUUACAAAUUAACUUGGAAUGUAUUGACAUGAGCUCACUGCUGACGUGUCAUAAUAUUGAGGAUACGAAGGUGGAGCCUUCCUUGAGGAAUUGCACCACCUGGAAUGGCCCUGUUCAAAUCCCAUCCCAGUCUUUUAUAAACCAUUGCUGUGAGUGGGUGCACACACACACAUACACAGCUAGACAAGGUUCCAACAUGUGAUUCUGGUCUUGGGACCAAAGUACAUGUGCCUUUAGUGUGUGGUCUGGUUUGAUCUCCUGUGUCUUCUGAACAGAUGGUUUUACUGCUAAUGUUUGUUGGCCUUGUGUUGUAAACCUGUAGAAACAGAUUCUUUUGUUAAUUAUUUUUAAAUUGAAGUGAACCUGUCAACCUUCCCGGCCCGACUUCUUGUUUGUCUGAACAAUGUGAGUUUAUUUAUCAAGCAGAGAAAACUGCGACGGAGGCCUCAAAGUGGGUUUUUAUCCUUCAUUCAUCCGUGGUUCUCACUCACAGCGGCAGCGUUUUUCUGUUUGGAGGUUGUUGUAAAUUUUCUAUUUGAGUUCAUAUUCUUUUGUGGCAAGGUUCCCGAUUAGCCCAAAUUAAACAUGUGUUUUCUACCAACGAGCCCAAGUUAAAUUAUGUGUGUGUGUGUGUGUGUGUGGGUGUGUUGGGACUAGGUUCAGGCCUCCACUCUCAUCUGUAUCUUACCUGUCAAUAAACUUCUCUCACUCUGUUCAGGUCUGUCUCUCUGCUCUCACUUCUUUCUCUCCACUUUUCCCUCUUUUAGCUGUUAUUUGUACGUGUCUGGUGCGACAUGAAAGCGGAGUGAGGACAGGAUCACACACUCAUUUCUCAACUGCUCUGCGCUGCGCCUGCCUGUACUAACAGGUCCAUCCCUGCUCAGAGAGCUAGCAGGCAAUCAUAUCUUUGUCGCAAUUUGUGAACCUACAGCCUUGCAACAUCUCAACACAGUUCUUGCCUCCGUUGUGGGCAGAUUGAGACGGAUGAGAAAAAGCUGCUCAACAAAACUACAGACCUGAUGUCAAACUUAUAGCUGAGCUCGUGCUGAAAAAGAAAAGGUAUCAUGCAUGUGUGGUAAGGACAGAUUAAAGAGUGCAAUGACAACAAUGAAUAGAAAGGUGGUCCUGGACUCCAGAGGGGCAAUAUAAGCUCCACCUGAGAGUUUCAGUAUAUUUUGGGUCAGACCAGGUGGAGCCAGAUCACACAGGACCAUGAAACACUUUUAACUGCAGCAUAACCUGCAGUGAGACAUGCUGUAGGACAAAAACUGCAGUUUCUCUCUGCUGUGUAGUUCUGUCUCUGGGUACAAAAGAAGCAGAAGCUGUGAACAACAGGUAGGAAACACCAUCCUCAGACCAGCAGGCUACAUCUGGACCGGGAACAGUAAGAACACUACUGGUCUUUUCCUCAUUCUCACCGCUGUCGUGCUAUAAAGCCAAACAUGAAACCUGCAGCUGCAACAGUGGAGCUGCUCGCUGUCCAAAAGAUCAGACUGCGGUGUAGACGGCAGCUUCCAGACAUGAAUGUGUGAAACUGAACUAGCCCUGCAUACAUGAAAGUUGAGAAACCCCAAUUUCUCACUAUAUAGGCAGAUAGCAUGUUUUUAAAGAAGUUAAUGAAGAGUCUGAAAUGCAGGCACACAAUCCCCCAUCAAAAGCUGAACUUUUCCUUCCAUGUAUUCAGAUUUGUCCAACUGAUGUU